AUGUCCUCAAUUGAAGAUCUAUUACAAUCACUCCCAGAUAAUCGUGUUGUGUACUACACCUUGGUAUUUGCCUUGCUCGUUGGUGUUUUCAAAUUAACCACUUUCGUUCUCAGACUCGGAUCCGUACUUGUUGACCUUUUCGUUGUACCUCCUGUUGACUUUGUCAAGUAUGGUGCUCACAGUGGUAGGUGGGCCGUCGUCACUGGUGCGUCUGAUGGAAUUGGUAAAGAGUUUGCUUUGCAAUUGGCCAAACGUGGGUUAGCCAUUGUGUUGGUUUCCAGAACGAAAUCCAAGUUGGAAGCAGUAGCUGAGGAAAUUGCAACCAAGUACAAAGUCGAUACUAAAAUUGUUCCUUUCGAUGCUGCACUGGAUGAUGAGGCUAACUACUUGGAAUUGGAAAAGGCUGUUUACGACUUGCCAAUUUCAGUCUUGAUUAACAAUGUUGGGCAAUCGCACUCAAUCCCGGUUCCAUUCUUGGAAACUGACACCACUGAGUUGAGAAACAUCAUAACCAUCAACAACACCGCCACUUUGAGAAUCACCCAGGUUAUUGCACCAAUAAUCAAAGCCACUGUCGAAAAAUCACGCGGCAAAAAUAGAGGUCUUAUUUUGACCAUGGGUUCAUUUGGUGGAUUGUUGCCUACUCCUUACUUGGCUGUCUACUCCGGAUCAAAAGCAUUUUUACAACAAUGGUCCAAUGCAUUAGCUGGUGAGUUGAGUGCUGAUGGAAUAGACGUUGAGUUGGUCAUUUCAUACUUGGUUACAUCAGCUAUGUCCAAGAUCAGACGUUCCUCUUUGACAAUCCCCAACGCAAAGGACUUUGUAGCAUCUGCUUUGAAAGGGAUUGGUCGUAGAGGUGGUGCUCAAGAGAGAUAUGCAACUAGCACUCCGUUCUGGACUCACGCUUUGAUGCAUUUUGGAAUUGACAAUACUGUGGGUGUUUACUCCAAGAUUGCCAACCAACUUAAUCUCAGCAUGCACCAGUCAAUCAGACAAAGAGCGUUGAGAAAGAAGGCCAAAGCUGCCGCUUCAAUAAGUGCUGAAAAGAAUGAUUGA